AUGAACCUGGCUGUAGCAGAUAUGACCGUAGCCACGUUUUUUGCACCGCAAUACGUUUUGACACACUCCUUCACCCAUCCAGAUGGAUUAACUGGUACAAUACUGUGCAGAAUACUGACUGGUGGAAAUUUAGGUUGGAUAGGAGCUGCUGCGUCAGUGUUCACCUUGGUUGUGACAUCAAUUGAACGAUAUUACGCAGUGUUAUAUCCUCAUGAAAACAAUGGAAGAAUUUCUAACCGCAAGCUCAAGGUAUUUUUGAUAAACUCUUUAGCGCCUGUCUUGAUAAUAAAGACUUUUCAGUACACACUGUUCAGAUGGUUUAACAAACUUAUAAAUGGCAUUAUUAUUUUUGUUUUCGCGUGUAAUAUAACACCUGUCAAGUAGAAUUCUCGUUCCCAGUCUGCCUCGACGAGUUUGGGUGUGGCAUUUUAUCGCGAGAGUUGACCUAAGAACCAUUAAAAAAAAGGGGGCCGUAAAAUCCAAAGUAGCAGCGCUUCGAGCGUCUUGAAAUUAAUUAUUAGCGGUACACAAUGAUAGCCUUCUUGUCUGAAUGAAAAGUCUUAGCAGACCAUAUAUACAUUUUCUUUAAUAUCAUUUCAGGUGAUUAUACCUUGUUCUUGGAUAUUUGGAGUGGUAAUCAAUAUCCCGGGGUUUAUCUGUGCGAAUUAUGUUAAGGCUGAGCAAGCUUGUGCUUAUGUGUGUCCUGAAGAAUGGAUCGGCCAGCUCUAUAGUUCCACUUGGUGUCUGUUGGUAGCAUUUCUGCCGGUGUGUUUGAUGACUUCUUUGUACUCCCGUGUCGUGUUCACUUUGUGGUUCAAAAGUGCCAAGUCCGAUGAAAACAGCAGUCAGCAACUACAGGUGUGAAACAAUACUGACAUUAGUUCAGUUCAGUAGUAACAGUAGUGGGGGUAGUAGUAGUAGUGGUGACGGUUGUGAUGAUUAUGCUUAUGGUGGGUGGUGGUGGUGGUGAUGGUAGAAGUAGUAGUUGGGAUGGUAAUGGUGGUAGUAGUAGUGGUGGUAAUGUUAGUGUCUGGUGGUGGUGGUGUGGUGGUGGUGGUGGUAGUGAUGGUGGUACUGUAGUAGUGGUGGUCAUGGUAACGGCGGUCGGUGGUUGUGGUGGUGGUGGUAGUUUUGGUGGAGGAGGUGGUGGUAGUAGCAGUAUUUGGUGGUGGUGGUGGUGUUUUACAUAAAGUAUAAGUAAAAUGAUUUUACUUAAUAACCUUUGAAACAAAAACUGUUGGUUACAGUUUAAUGCAGUAGUAUCGUUGCACAGAUCUGAAACGAUUACCAAACAAGAGAUUGUUUGAUUAAACUGGAUUGCACUUGAAAAAUCGAAAUUAGGGCAAUGAUUUUAUCCUGUUUCGCGUUAUUUUGCCCUUUACAUAUUACUAAACUAGGCUGUAAUAUUGAGAGAUAGAAGGAUCUGAAACAGAGCCAGCAUGAACAAUUCAACUCUUAUUUGACGGGUUUAUUAAGUAAGUCACUCUGGUAGUAAUAGUAGUGGCGGUGGUGCCAACAGCGGACGUGACUGUGUAGUGGUACUGAUACCAUAAUGCUCGAAGCUGUGAUAAAUAUAGUACUUGUUAAAAGAGUAGCAGACAAUAUCACAUUGUGCACAAUUACAUUAUCAUAAAUCCUCUUUCCCCCCCCCGUCUCUAUUAAGCCCCGCACCCUCAAACGUUCUUGAAAUAAAUUAGCCCCGGGGAGGCUUAGUAGAGACCGGAUUUAUUGUCAAAAAGGGAAAACCCCAAGGGGUAUGGUUUCUGCGCCGUUACGAUCUGAAAACGGGUACAGACUUUGCCCUUUCUGGUCUUUCGAGGGAAUUACGGGAGUGUAAGAACGUCUUUGUCGUUUGCAAACGAGUGAGAAAGAGUGAUAUACGAAUUCGAAAGGUAAUUUAAGGAAUCUUUUUGUUGGCGUUCUAAUCUAAGUAGUAAUGACAUAAUUUCUGUCUAAGUAAACAUAAAUGGCGCGUUUGUGACCGGCCCCUGGCAAACAAAGUCUAUAGGCCAGGUUUGAAAACGGGUAUGGAUUUUAGAAGCCAUGUGAGAGAAAAGUGUGGAAAUGAAACUUUUUGGCUUAAAUAAGGUUAGGAUUUUAAGAACUAGGCGGCGCACCUCCACCAAGAAAUCCCGGAGUAGCCCCGGGUUUACGGUAUACAAUUUGUUUUUACUUUUUUAGGGUGUGAUGAAGGUGCGAAAAAGAGUUACUUUGAUGGUCCUGAUUAUCAGUUUCAUUUUUGGGGUGUGCUGGUUAACUGACUCAGCUAAUUACGUCGCCUACUACUUUUUCUCGUAUCCUGCAUUCUUACCAUAUGCAGCAUCUAACACGAUGAUCUUGUUCAAUUCUGCUAUCAAUCCAGUGGUGUACGCCUGA